AGACGGCACGGCGGGGCCGGUGGCCCGGCGGCGACGGAGCGGCAUGCUGGGGGCGGCGGGGCGGCAGCGCUGAGUCGGUGCCGGGGCGGCGGGAGCGGCGAUGCGACUGCUCGGCGCCUUUCUGCGGCUGCUGGUGGCCGGGGCGCUGGGAGCGCAGCCCGCCCCGGUCCCGGAGGUGCGAGGAACCGUCAGCGCGGAGUCGUCCGUCUUGACCUUUCGAGAGAUCUGGAAUCGUAGUUUCUGCCGGCCUCUGGAGCAGCUGGUGGAUGUCAUUACCGAGUUCCCCAACGAGGUGGAGUACAUUUUCAGACCUUCCUGCGUCUCCCUGCAGCGGUGCGGAGGCUGCUGUGGGGACGAGGGUCUCCGCUGUGUCCCUGUGGAGACAAGCACGGUCACUAUGCAGCUGCUGAAGAUAAAGCCAAAUGGGGAGGCGCCCUAUGUGGAGAUGGCAUUCACUGAGCACAAGCAAUGCGAGUGCAGGCCCCGGCAGGACCUGAUGAAGUUGGGAAGGAGGAAGUCCAAGGACCGAGGUAAGAGAAGACAAGACAAGAAGAGACAUAAAGACUGUGAACUAUGUGGCACACCACGCAGGUAGCCUCCAAGCAGCAGUGGGGAGCAGGACUCUGGCAGCGAAGAGCUGACUGAACCCUUGCUUGGCCCUGGUGGUAACGCAGCCUGGAACUGAGAACUCCUUUGCCCCAUCUGCACCAUCAACAGCAGAAUAGAAGGACCCAUGACUAGGCCUGGGGCUGAAGAUGAGGAGCUCAAGCAGCAUGCUGGUGUUUGAGUGCAUCCUGGGGAUAACAUGGAGCAGAGCUGGUGGACAUGCUGCUGGAGCAGGCUGGGGACACCAUGAUGUGGGGGGCGAGCAGAGAUGGCUCAGAGGGCUGCAACUGCAAAACUGCUCUGUUCUGCCAAUGCCUUGCAGCUGUGGAGGAAGGAAACCUGGAGCAGGCAAAGCUGCACAUCUGGGUCUACCCCACCACUGGGACAGAGCUGUCCAGGAGUCCAGGCCCUCCUCCAGGGUGUCGGGGAACAUGCCUCGGAAGCCCUCCUCCUGGGGAAGGGGAGGGAAUUGGUGUUGCCAGGGCUCCUCACAUACAGCCACAUCUCAGACUUGCCCUCUCAAUAAAACCUGGUAGUCAGAUGCAGA